CGGGUUGACAAUUAGAGCUUGCCUGUUACUGCAUUUCCGGACUGCGAUUACACUUGGUCGCAGUUUGGUGUUGUGUUUUAGCGUGUCAAGUUUUUGGCGCCGUUGCCGGGGACCCUCUAGGUUAUUGGAGAAACGUGAAAGUUUGUUACUCUAGCUUUUUCUUUACUGCAUUUUCUCUCUUCCAUCUGUGUGCCUUCACGGGUUGCUUUUGCUGAUUGUGUGCAGGUAGUGCAUGACCCGUAGCCAUUCGGGAGAUUUUCUACCAUUAGACCAGCUGCAAAUCACCAACGAAGAAGAGAUGGGUGACCCACAGAACUAUGAUGUGGUCCUUCCCGAGGAGCAAACCAAGAGGUACUACUAGACCGCCAGAGCCGCGAACAUGAGGUCGCCUAUUCAGCACCCUCAUGUACCAGCCAACAACUUUGAGGUGAGCACCUCGGUCAUCACUAUGUUGCGCGUCUCGGUAGUAUUCUGUGGCAAAGAGGAGGAGUGCCCCCGAUCACAUCUGAGGCGAUUCCACGAGCUCAUCGAUGGAAUCAAGAUAAAUGGGGUCCCAACCGAUGCCAUCCAGCUGAGGUACUUCCCAUUUACUCUGGAGGAGCAGGCCAAGGAGUUGAUAGACACUCAACCUCCGGGCUCGAUCACCACGUUCGCCAACCUGGCGGACAAGUUCCUCACUCGCUACCAUCCCCCCGUCUAAGACGGCUGAUGACUCGAUAUUUGCACAUGUUUUCCCUUCUGUUUCUUGAUCGUUUAAGCUUGAAUUAUUGCUUCUUUGGCCUAUUUUAUGCUAGGUUGUGUUCCUUUGUCACAUUUCAGGUCCUAGCACAUAAAGUGAAGCGUAGGCGCAAGUUUCAAGUCAAUCGGAGAUCAAUUGGCGACUCGGGGGAAGAAACUCGGGUAUGACUUGAAGAAGAAGGGAUUUAUACCUCAGUUUGUGACCAUAUAAUCAUGUAAUCUUGUCAUGAGAAGAAAGAGGACGAGAAUACGAGCAUCUGGGAUCAAACGACACCUGAUUUGGAGUCCGAACGAGGGAGAAACGAAGAAUCAAAGAUUGGGGAAAAU